AUUAGGAUACAUUGUGGUUCUCAACAGUCAUGUUUUUCUCUUCUUGCUCCAUGUUCUCAGCCUUCCAGCAUCUUUGACUAAUGUUUUUGCAGGAAAUUCUUAAAAAGAGAAGAUCGCUCCUGUCAUAUAUAGAAGAUCGUUGAUAUAUUGACUAUGUUCGCCUUUUGGUAAAGUAAAAAUGUGAAAGUAUGACCAAGCCUUAUACUGACAUCAUAUACAAAAUAAAAAAUACUAGUGAAGAAGUCUGCCAACUUCACUCCUUAGCUUUCCUAAAAUGUCACCCUGAAGAACAAUUUAGCUAAAUUGCUCCGGUCAAAACCCUUACACCUUGCUCUGGUGUGUGGCCUUGAUGCCAAAUGUGUUUGUGUACGUGUGUGUGUGUGUGUGUGUUCAAGUAAGCCAUUAUUCUGGAGGUCUGGCAUGAAGAUGGGGGUUAAACAGAGGGGGGUAUGCUUACGGCGGCGCCUUUCCCCUCGCUUGUCUUAAACAUCACAGGCGCCUUAGUUGCCAUGGUGACACGGCAUUACCUUGUCAGGAAUUAAAAUGAUGUGAUGGAGCAGCUACGACUUGAUGUUGGAAAUGUGUUUGCGUGUGUUGUUUUAUACCUUUCAAGUGAGUAGAAGAAAUACUGUGAGACAAAUGAUCAAUUAUAGCCAGCAUAUUGUAAAUCCAUUUCAUUUAGAACUUCAAUUACGGUUGCUGUCUUGCCAUAUGACCACACUGUUAUAAAUCACAGUGCUGACAAAGAGCAAAUGAUCGCCAAGCUGACCUUUAACCUCAGCUAACGCUACAUACUGAGUCUUUUUACAAAAUAAGAAAACAAAAACAAGAUUAGGAAUAGCAACAAAACCAUCAAAACAACUAAGACAGGAACAAUAACAGGAACAGAAACAAAAAUAUAAGUAAGAACAAGAUAAACUACAUUCGGAACAGGAAUUGAAACAAGAACAAAAAGACUAAUAGGAAUCCAAACAGGAACAGAAAUAUGAACGGCAACAAUAACAAAAACAAGUUCAGAAACAGUAAUAAUAACAACCGAAGAAGAACAGGAAUACGAAUAUGAACAGAGACAUUUAAAAUAGGAUCAAGAAUAGUAACAAGAACAACUAAAAUAGGAACAAAAACAAUUAAAAUAGGAAGAAGAUUGGCAAGAACAGUAACAAUAACAGGAAUAGAAACAACCAGAAUGAGAAACCGGAAUAGGAAACAAGAACAAGAAGACUAACAGGAACAGAAAUAGGAACUGAGGCAGAGGACAAAGAAGAACAAAAACGGCAAUGGGAACAAAAACUGGAAAAGAAACAAGAACAGGAGAAAUAACAGAAGAAGAAUACGAAGUAGAACAGAAACAAGAAGACUUAUAGGAACAAAAAGCACUUGAACAUCAACAAGUAUAGGAACAAGAACAACUAAAACAGGAUUAAAAACAAGAAGACUAACAGUACCAGAAAAAAACAGCAAUAGGAACAAGCACAGGAAGAGGAUUGUUGGGAGAUGAAAGAGUUAAGAUUAUUGGACAGCUGGCGAGGAUCGAAAUCAGAUAGUUUGACCAGGAAAGAGAAACGUCCGUGGCAAUGACAUCAUAGUUCGGAUCCGGUGUCACGGGUGCGGGGGUAUAUUAAAUGUCAGACAGCUGAUGCCACAAAGUGCGUUGUCAAGGCGACGCUGGCCAAACAUUCCAGUGUUUACGAGACAAUUUAAUAGCAUAAAUUAAGAAAGGACCCCGACUUAAACAAGUUGAAAAACUUAUUCGGGUGUUACCAUUUAGUGGUCAAUUGUACGGAAUAUGUACUUUACUGUGCAACCUACUAAUAAAAGUCUCAAUCAAUCAAUCAAAAAAAGGAUCAAUGAACUAAUUAAUCUUUUUUCAUUUCCCAGCAUGGCAUCAGGCUGCAUGUUGUCCUCUUUGGUUUCUCUGCAAGGUUCAGCAAAGCAAGAGGAUUUGCCGCAGCUAAAAUAAGCUAACAAACCUCCUCCUCUUCCUCCUCCUCCUUCAUGAGAGCAUGCUUAAAGCUCUCAUAAAUGUUGAAAGUUUUGGAGGGAGAGUGGGAGAGAGAACACGAAGAGAUGAGGCGAGGGACGGAAGGAGAAGAGACACCAUUCGUGCACAGAGACUUUGACAACUUGACGCUUUACAAUACCAUGAAAGUUCCAACCUAAACACCAACACUUGCGUAACUUCUACCUCCGACUGUCAGCUUUAUUCUCGUCUCUAACCUGUGACGGCAAAUUCUAAGCCAGUGUUCCACCAAAUCCUUCACAAAAUGAGCUUCUGCAAUGAACUCGAAAAUGAUUUUACACACAUUCUCUCCUGUCGUUCCGUUUAUCAAGAGAUCUUUCCUCUGCCUGCUGGUGGCGCUCUUCCAGCCAGCCAUCCUCUGCCCUGCCCCCUGCAUCUGCCCCUCAGAAGGCAUGCUGGUGGACUGUGGGGGUCGAGGCCUCACCUCCCUGCCUCCCUUGCACCUCCUGCCUCCCGGGAGUCGUUUCCUCUCGCUGGCCAACAACAAGCUAGCCUCACUGGGAGCUUCCGCCCUCGUUAACCUCUCUUCUCUGGAGGAGCUUGACCUCUCUAACAACUACCUUGAUAAUUUGCCGGCCGGAUUAUUCCGAGACAUGAUCAAUCUGACCAAGCUGACCCUGCACAACAACUCUGUGACAGUAAUGGACAGGGAUCUCUUUCAGGUGAGUAGUACUACAGUGCAUUUUUCUCCAGUGGGACGUAAAAGUAGAGAUGACUACAGAAAGAAAUGUUCUGGGUGUGUUCGACAGGGUUUGGGGAGUCUGCAGAGUCUAGAUCUAUCACUAAAUGGCCUGGCGUCUGUUCCUUUGGGGCUCCUGGAUGAGCUGCAGAGUCUCAGGUGGUUGUCCCUGGCUGGAAACAGACUUCGGGGUUUGGAGAGGGCAGCGUUCGAGCCCCUGUCCCACCUCCAACACCUAGAACUGGGACACAAUCCCUGGGAAUGCGAUUGCAACCUGCGAGAUUUCAAACACUGGAUGGAGUGGCUAUUGUACCGAGGCGGCAAGGUGGACGCAAUGGAGUGCACGCUACCCAAAGAUCUGCGGGGGCGAGACAUCCGUGGCGUUCCCGUUGAAAUGUUUGACUACUGCCUCCAGCUUGACGAUGAGAAUGGAGGAGGAGGCGGAGGAGGAGGAGGUGGUUCUCCCUGCAGCAGGAGCACCCUUAACCCCAGCAGUGUGCCACCACUUUCUGGUGGUGAUGACUCCUCUACAAAUUCAGGAGGUGGUGGAGAUGCCCCUGCGGAUUGCGUGCGCGCCCGCUAUCGGCCGGUGAGCGUGCGGCGCGCCAUCGGCACCGUAGUGAUUGCCGGCGUGGUGUGUGGCAUUGUCUGCAUCAUGAUGGUGGUGGCUGCUGCGUACGGGUGCAUCUACGCCUCGCUCAUGGCCAAAUACCAGAGGGAGCUGAAGAAGAGGCAGCCGCUUAUGGGGGACGGCGAGGGCGAUGGGGACGACCGGGAGGAGAAGCAGAUCUCCUCGGUGGCGUAGGGGAGACUCUAAAGGGGACAAAUUGGCUAAAGGGCUCAAGGAGGAGAAUUGGAAAGUCAUCCUUUCAUGUCUUCCUUUUCAAUACGUUUUCAACCAACCUGAGUUCUUCUCUUUCAAAGCCUGCAUAUAUUUUUUAGCAGUCAUCUCUCCUACUAGCCACCUACUGAUGCAGCACCGGAAACAACAUGCUGGACAUGGCAAGAAUCUGAUUUCCAACCUACUGUAUCAUCAGAGGUGGAAGAUGGAGUUUUCAGGGACCAACAUCCACAUACAUGAUGAGCCCUCCUUUUGAACCUUUUCAAGCCUCCCAAAUGCCCAAAAAAGGAGACUUAAAUGAUGAUGGCGUUAACAAAGUUACAUUGAAGUAUCUCACAUGUUUACAUUCGCACAUGUCUGAAAAGGGGUAGGAAGAAUCAGAGUUUCAUUUAAGCUAAUGAAUCAACACAUCUACUGCUUUGCCACAGACAUGAUGUCCAGAUAAUCCCAUUUCAGCUUCUCUCUGGACCGUCUCAGGAUAUAAAUUGACAUAAAAUUGAGGUAUUUGUCAUUUACCAAUGGAAAAAUGCUUUCAAACUGGGUCAAAAACUGUGUCUUUUUAGACCCAUGGACGUAAAAGUCUCCUGCAAAGAACCAUCAAAUGACUUUCCAGCACUUUAUCUCCCGAAUUACCUUGUUUACUGUUCCUUCCCCUUCUUUUCUCAAACUUUUCAAAAGGUGUUAGAGCUAACAGGGGAUUGAUGCUGCUAUUACAUCCUUUUUCCAUCCCUUUACCUCUCCAUCCAUCUUUCCAUCUACAGUGUGCAGCGGUACCUUGCCUUUUGUUAGUAAUGUGUUCCAAAAUGUCAGAAUUGUAAAGAAACUGAAUGCAUUUUUGCCAAAACAAAAAAUUGCAUAAUCAGUUUCAGACACCCAAAACAUCCACUUAAAGCACCUUUUACAUAGAAUAAUUAUGGUUUUAUAUGCAUAAAACAAUGUGCAAUACAUACAAAUGAUGCAUGAAAUCUAUGAAUGAACAUUCAACAGGAUUUCGUAGGCUUUUUUUGUGAUUAUUUUACCUAAAAUGCCUGGAUUUGCGGUAGCAUUUUUAGAGAGUUACGAUGUUUUGAAGAUAUUUUUUUUCAAUAACAUCGAAUCAACUUGUUAUUUUUUUAAUGUUCUAUUAAUGUUUUCAGUGUUCCUUGUAACCUUAACUUCGAAAAGCACAGGAUUUCAACAAACAUUGGGAAAAAAAUACUGUAUUGAUGUUUUACUCGUUGUAUAGCACAGACUUAAUAGUGGACAUCCGGCAGUAAAAUCACAUACUCAGAGCUCAUUGUGAAAUUACUGUACUGUUUUAAUUCAUUAUAACUAAUAAAUAGUAAUAGAUUAUAAUUACAUAAAGAAAAACCACCAAAUGCUUUCCUAUAGUCCCCUGUCUGUUCUGUCUUCUGCAAGUUGCAGACAUUCUUCAUGUAUGCUUUACACUUGAAGUGCUUGCCCAUCUUAAACAUUCAUUUAUGUUCCAACACAUUUAACCCCGCACGUUUAGAGCAUUUGCGAACUGUUGAGAGUGAUCUACAGCCCUAUUUUUUGUUGAUAAAUGAGAGAUUAUCAUCACAGUUCAACAUCUCUAACAUGUCAAUGCUGCCUCUUUCCUAGGUCAGUAUUAAAAAUGAAAAUCUAUUCUUAAUUGUAUU